AUGUCCGGCCCACCUCCUCUGCACGGCGACUUGUUUGGCUUCGGCAACAUCGACGUCUUGCCCAUGUUCCAGGGAGCCGCCCACAGCCAGGGCAUUUCCGUGCCCACGUCCAGCGCCGAUGCGCUCCAUCUCGACGACUCCAACGGCGACGCCAUGGCACUUCUCGAGAGCACGCUGAUGGCUCACUUUGGCGGCGACAUGGCCCUCAACAUUGACCCCAUGGCCGCCGUGCUGGACGACGACGGCGGCGACAUGGACGGCCGCCUCAUCUCCCCCGACAACAUGCUCAAGCCCCAGGACCAGUUCAACAACGUUGCCAACGACGUCCCGGGUGCAGGGCCCAUGCCCGCGGCUGCCUUUACGCCCACCAGCAUGGCUAACAACGGCGGCGGCAGCGGCACCAGCGGCAGCAACAACCCGCUGACCGAGUUCACCAAGCGGCGCAACUGGCCGGCCAAGGUGGUGGAGGAGCUCAGGGACCUGCUGCAGAUCCUCGACUCCAACGGGCGCAUCAAGUAUGUGUCGCCCAGCAUCACGGCCCUGGCGGGGUACACCACCGAGGAGGUCCAGGACACCUUUCUGAAGCACCUGAUCCAUCCCGACGACCAGGGCGUCCUCGUCUCCGAGCUCCACGAGUCCAUUGCAACCGGCAACCCGCUGCGCAUGUUUUAUCGCAUGAGGAAGAAGGACGGCACCUAUGCCAUCUUCGAGGCCGUCGGCCACGCCCACAUUGCCGCGGCCAGAUUUGCUCCGAAUCCAAAUAACCAAUCGCCCUUUUGCCAGGCCGUCUUCAUGAUGGCGCGCCUCUACCCCACCAAGAACGCAGCCCUGCUGGACUCGUUCCUGGAGCACAAGUGGGCGCACAGUCGGGAGGGCCGGUCAGACGUCGGUACCUCAGAGAAUGCCAGUACGGCAGCAUCCACGGUUUACGGAUAUCACAGCGUCCCCACCGAGAUGCCCAUGUCAUCAGCAGCAGCAGCGGCCGCCGCCGCUGCCGCCGCCGUCGACGGUGCAUUGACGAGGAAGAACCUGGAGGGCGCCACGGGGGGGAAUCGUCAGGACUCGCUGCGCGACAAGAUGGCGCGAUUCGAGGCGUCCUCGGCGGAUACGAUAGCCUUUUUGACAGGCAUAGAAAACGGAGAGCGGAUGAGUAACGGCAACCGGAGCCCGACCCUGAUCAAGGGCGAUGCAGGAAUUGCCAUGCCUAUGGACAGGGACUCCAAGUCGGGCGAGAAGAAGAAGAAGCUCAAGUUGGCCGAAGAAUACGUUUGCACUGACUGCGGUACAGUUGGCACACUCGAUUCCCCGGAAUGGCGAAAAGGGCCCAGCGGGCCAAAGACGCUCUGCAACGCCUGCGGACUACGCUGGGCCAAGAAGGAGAAGAAGCGCAACAGCGUCGGCACGCCCCUGGCCAAGCCCGUCGCGGGCUGA